UCAUGUCAGUGGGCGUUUCCCUUGUGUGCACACACCUGUCUGUGUUCUCUAAGCAAAGCAGCUCUUUGGAACGUGUCAUCAUUGUUCACACACAUCUCCAAGAUCCACAGCAGUGUCUGUGACUGAUCACCGUACUGACUUUCUAUUUGACAAUGUGGCUGUCGUGCUACUAGUGUGGACCACCAGCUUUGCUCAUCAAAUUUGAUUCAGUGAGCGAGGGAGCCAUCAGUUAAAACAGUUGAAUGGCGCAGUUCCAUUGUCGCUGGCGCAAUGUGUUCAUCUGCUUGUGCAGCCCGUGCAUCUGCGUGGCCAUUCUGUUGUGCUACGUUAUGAUCAUGGUAUGUAUGUCUAUGAACAGCACAUCGACAUCAGGGAUUCCCAAGUCGACACCAGGGAUUCUCACGUCGACACCAGGGAUCCACAGCCUCAACAACGUUCACUUUGUGGCCUCAGGAACUUUGAGGAACAAGAGCUAUGCACCCAUUGCUGAAACUUUCUGGGAUCUCGAAAUGAACAAGAGGGGCUUUUGGAAUAAGCUCCAGCAUGCUGUCGACGUCCAGUUCAACCCCAUUCUGCACCUCAACAACACCAAGAGGAAAUCUGUAAAUAUGGAGUCCUUGCUGAAGCAAAGUUUCUCUGAAGUUGCUGACUCAGACAGCGGGAGAAAACAUUUUGCAGUGCUAUCAGAGCCGAUGCAAGAAUUUGUGAGGUACAUGCAAAGGAGGGACUAUCCAUCCAUCAUCCAGCCAGAUGGUGUUUGUGGUGCUGGUGCAAAGGAUGAGAAGGAGCCCCCUCUGCUUCUCCUGGCCAUCAAGACAACAGAGCUAAAUUUUAAGAACCGGCAGGCCAUUCGGCAAACCUGGGGGCAGGCGGGAUGGCAAGCAGGGCAUGAGAUGAACAGUAGUGGAGGAUAUAUCCGCAGGGUCUUCCUGCUAGGCAAAGAAGACCCGGAGACACUCAGUGUGGAUGUAUCUCCGUUACUGAGGAUGGAAAGUAAACAUUACGGAGACAUUCUGCAGUGGGACUUCCAUGACACGUUCUUCAACCUCACCUUGAAAGACGUGUUGUUCUGGAACUGGUUCUCAAGCCACUGCAACAAGACUCUCUUUGUCUUUAAGGGGGACGAUGACGUCUUCGUCAACACCCCGAAAAUGAUAACCUACCUCCAGAAUGAGCUAAAUAAGCCACAUGCGCACAAGACUAUGAAAGACUUCAUGAUUGGAAAUGUCAUAGCUCUAUCCAUACCGGACCGAUGGGAUCAAUCCAAGUACUUCAUCCCAGAUUCCUUCUACAGUGGCCUCUAUCCUUCAUAUGGAGGCGGAGGAGGGGUGGUGUACUCAAGCCUGUUGACCAGACGUCUACACCUCACGUCUAAAAUGAUCCACCUGUACCCCAUCGAUGACGUCUACGUAGGGAUGUGUAUGGAACGGCUUAACACUUACCCCAUCCACCACCCGGCAUUUCUCACGUUUGACUUUCCUAAGGAGGAAGGAAAUGAGCUGUGUUCAUAUCACACAAUCCUACUGGUCCACAAACGAAGCCCCCAACAGCUAGUUAGACUGUGGGCCGACUUGAAAAAGACACAGCGAAAGUGUUGGGAUGUGCCCCUGAGGCACGACAACGAGAAAAAACUGUAAGGCUGUAAAGUUUGUCUAUUGAAGAGUUUUUCUUUCAGAGUUAUAAGGAGAUGAAACUGGGUUAGUUUGUGUUAUUUACUUCAAGUAUCCAUCAACAUGCCAACGCCUACAUUACUACAACAUGGCAACGCUAUGAUGCUAUGCAGGCAGUCUGCCCAUGCAAGUUUACUGUCAUAUGAAACACAGUUGAACGAAAAAUGCUCAGCGAGGGAUAUGCAAUUCAUACGAUUUGUAAUUACAGCAAUUGCAAAAUUACUGUCAAACUUCAAGCAACGUCUGCAAGUUGACUGUCAUUACUGUGCAUUAUACAACAAUGCACAAGUGUUAAGAUUAGCUGCAUUAGCGGAUAUACAUCAAGCCAAGACUGUAGCAGUAAAAGCUUUCAGUUUGAAUUAAAGAAUGUUUUUUUUUAUUACUUUGUUAAUUCAUAAUUUCUUAAAAAGGGACAUUGUGUUAUUUCUUCUUUAAGGAUGCAAUAAGCUGCAGAUUACCUCUGUGUAUGUGCACAGUGUACAAGCAAAGCACAUUUGUUGGUGUCAUCACUGUCGACAGUGGUCGAGCCAGUUAUGCGGUGUUCCACUCAGUUUACAUUACCUGCUGGUGUCAGCCAAUCCAGUGAUGUUAAGUUUGAAAUGGUUUCACUUUAGUGAGGUUUAUGUGAUGAAUAUAUAAAACACACACAUAUACUAUAAUGUAUUUCUUUUAUAUCCCAAUAAACUUUAAAAACAUGUUGUAUUUAUGUGAAACCAACUCCUCCUUAAUGAAACUGAAUCAAAGUCCAACUUUGACUUAUUAGCCUUCAAACAUAUGAAACCAUUUGUAAUUUUUCAAAACAAUUUAAGCAUCCACUUUAGUUAAAAUAAGCAAAGUAUAACUUUCCAAUUCCAAAAAAAGCUUUAAUGCUAAGUCAUUGCAAAAUUAGGUCAUAGCAUUAUGAGCGUCUUUAAACAAACGAAACCACUCAGGAAUUUGUCACUGUCGUAUCUGAAGCAUGUUAACUCACUCGGAGAGUCCUCUCUCACUUCCUGGCACAAAAGGUGUCAAGAAUUACAUUGCCGUAGAACUGGUUCCACCUGCAGAAGAAAUAUGAUCUAUUUUUUUUAUAUCCAUGCUUGUUAUUUUCUUCUGCUCAAAGAGUGUCAUGAAGUCAAAAAACAACUCCAUUAAACAAAAUAAAAUGACCAAAAUGACCAGACUGUGAGCGGCCUUCAUUUGAAAAUCAACACAAUACAGUUAGCACCACA